AGCCUUACGGCGCAAGAUGUAAACAGCCACAGGGCUCAACGAAGGCCUGAAGCAGCGGCGAGCAUGGCGCUGGUCGCCUCACCUUCAUUCUUAAAAGAUGUGCAAGUCAACUGGGGCUCGAUUUCCACCGUGAGCCAAGAAGCUUCGAGGGCAAUGGAGCAUGUCCAAGCGAAGGCAAAGCCACCAGAGGAUAUGAUCUCUACUGCGCAGCUUCCUGUCAGCUCAGUUCGGGAUGCUGUAAUUCUCCUGCAGGGCCCUGGCAGUGGUUCUGGGCGAGAGCUUGAGAUUGAAGAGCUCAAGGAGAUUGUGGCUGAAUUGAUUGCUGCUUACAGUGAGCCAGACCUGCAAAGAAAGAUCAGAACUGUCUACGAAAAGCAACGGGCCAUGCAGACGCAAGAGCCGAUCUCCCACGACGACAACAUGACCGAGCUGCGUGAGAUCCUGUGGCCUUGCCAGACCGACAUUGCUGAGGCCUACGGCCUGCCUGGGACGAGUGAAGGCUUGCAACGCAUCCAGAACGCCGUUCAGCGGGCCAUCACUGAAGGUGAUGUCGAGAUCAGGUGUUUGGCAGAUGAGGCACUGAUGCUUUUGGGCAUGAGCCCACUGCAGAACAUUAUACAAGAGGUGAAGGCGGAGGACUUCUUGAACUGCAUUUACUCGGCUGCAGGGGACAGCAGCGGCAUCGAAGUAGAAGAGUUCUUGCUGAAUCUCAAAUGCGAGACGCCGCUGGAGAAAGCGGCAAGGGCUCGCGGCCUCAUUGCUGUUCGACGGCUCAAAGAGGACCGGAACCCACCUGGAGGAUUGACAUGCGGUCUUUUGAGGACAUGGGCAGCGUACGAAAAGCUGGGCCUACCUCCUCAGCAUAUCAUCAGCAAGGAGCCGCCACCGGUUGCUCGGUUGAAGCGCCCCACUGCAGCGCAGGUCUGGGAGUUUGUCAUGCGGAAUCAGCCGGUCAUCAUAGAGGAUGCAGUCAAUGCGAAAGACUUCCCACCCCUGGCCGACUUCGCGGACUUUGACUAUUUGCGCGAGCGUUGUGGGAGUCGUUAUGUGAAAGUGAAGGGUGAUUCUUGCUGGGACAAGCAGGGGCGGCAGCUUUUUCUGAAUGACCCCACCAUUGAAGUCAGCAUAUCAGACUACCUGGACCUGAUCGAGCUUGCAGAAGAGCACGAGACGUGCAUUUCUUGGUACAUGGGAAAGCUGCCUUUGCACACGGAUGUUCCUGAGCUCUUCGAGGACGUCACCAACUCACCAAACUCGCCCUGGCGUAAGUUUGGGACUUGCUUUGGUGAGAACAACAAGGGCGUGCAUACCUACUUUGGCUGCGGCGGCAACACCACUUGCAUCCAUUCAGACCCUUCAGAGAAUUUGCUGCUGGUUCUCAUGGGCGAGAAGUUCAUGGACAUUUACCCACCAGCUGAUGCGGCUUGCAUGCAUACAACGGUGAAAAAGUUCCUGAACUCAUUGGUUCCGCCUUUCAUUGAUCCGGCUCAAGUGCCAGAAGAGGUGGAGAAGAACUGGUCGAACUACAAGUAUGCACAGCCACAACGAGUGCACUUGAAAGCUGGAGACCUGUUCUAUCUUCCUAUAUUUUGGUGGCACGCAGUGCAAGGCUCCAUUGGACGCAACAUGAUCCUGAACUGGUGGUGCAUGCAACAUCCAUACAAGGAGCACAAGUAUACGGGCUUCGAAGGCACUCGGGAAAUCCUCGAGGUUCUGCAGCACUUGAAUGAGGCCUGGUCUUCCAACGACAAGGCCAGUGCCACGGCGCAGGAAAAGGCAGUGGCGCAAGAGCUAGGCAGUGGCGUACUGUAUGCUGAUUCCAUGUGUGCAGCCAGCGACAGCUACAAGAAGCUCGCGCCCCCACCUUGUGCGCCUCCGCCAAUGAAAUCUGCCUCCCUUCUGCCCAGCAGCGGCUUCCGAUGGAAAGCUCGGUGACCCUCGCAAGCGCACCAGGCUAU